AUGAAUGACACAGAAGAAGAGACGCGGACAUGUUACAUCUGCUAUAAUACAGAUAGUCAAGGAACAAGUGAUUGGCUGAAGCCAUGUCGCUGUCGGGGGUCGACCAAAUGGGUACACAACGCUUGCCUCCAGCGUUGGAUUGAUGGCCAGCAACUGGAGGAUCUGUCAACAAAGGUCCGGUGUCCCCAAUGCAAUACAGAAUAUACCAUUGUCUAUCCCAGCCCAGGUCGUCUGGUCUAUAUCAUGGACAUGACGGACAAAGUUAUUUACAAGAUGUGUCCAUUUUUAGCUGGUGGUAUCUUCAUUGGAUCAGUGUAUUGGAUGGCUGUCACGUAUGGUGCUGUCACUGUUAUGCAAGUCCUGGGCCAUAAAGAAGGACUAAACGUGAUGGAACGAGCAGACCCCUUAUUCUUGCUGUUUGGACUUCCUGCCAUUCCCCUGACCCUUAUUUGUGGCAAACUUGUGCGCUGGGAAGAUUACGUCUUGAAACUUUGGCGCAAACAUGCUUCUCGCUUUAAUUACUUCUGGAAAGGAGAAUGGCCACGAGACACAAUUCCAGUUGAAGGUCGCACUGACCAGACAAAUUCCCUGUCAGCCACUCGAGUCAUGUGUGGGGCCCUUGUGCUGCCCACAAUUGCUACUUCUGUCGGAAAGAUUGCCUUUGGCUCUGUACAGUCAAACUUUCAGCGGACACUUUUGGGAGGUGUUGCAUUUAUCAUUAUCAAAGGUUUUCUGAAGAUCUACCUUCGGCAACAGCUCUACAACCAACAGAUGAGCCGUAUAGUGAAAGACUACAAUGAGGAUGAAGCAGCUUCACCUUCAACACAAUCAGUUGCUUCAACAUCCACAGCCGCACAGCGAAGAGAUGAUGAGAACGAAUGA